AUGCCUCCCUCGGUCAGAGCGACUUAUCGAAGACAGAACGAAGCAGCCUACUCCUCCUCCAUUGCAUGCCUAAUCAACCUAUCUAGAUAUCUUGGAGAGCAUCGGCAGCCUCGAGAACUGAAUCAGUCCGCAUUUUCAGGCAAUGUCCAUCAAGUACGUUCAGUCCCCGUUCGUGUCUACCGAGGGACCAAUAGGAUAUUGGCUGAUCGUGAAUUCCUCAGCUGGGUUAUGCUCGAUGGUUCCCAGGGAUUUGUGCGCCUGCCUGGUGAGCGAAUCAUUCACAAGUCUUCACCGAGAAUAGCCCUUGCUCUCACCACUCCGACCACAUAUCCGGGAAAUAGCCCUGUGGCUAUUCAUUGCAGCUCAGGCGUAACAUACCUGACCAAUCAGAGGGUUGUCUAUCUGCCGGAUAAAGCUACCCCGGAGCUCCAAUCAUUCUCAGUGCCACUUCUCAAUAUCCACGAUACUCACCUUGUCGUUCCCUGGUUCGGGCCGAAUGCCUGGCAAUCGGUAGUGCAACCUGUACCAGGAGGCAACCUCCCCGCCUCUCAAGCAGCCAUCGAGCUCAAGUUGACCUUUAAAGAAGGUGGUGCUCCUGAUUUCCACUCCAAUUUUGAGCGAAUCAAAGAGCGACUGCAACAGGUCGUUGCAGCUGCUCGGACUGAAAACCAGACCAGACGACGGCAGGACAGCUUUCUUGGGGAUGUGAACCUGGACAAUGUUCAUCUGGAUCAGCUACCAUCAUACCAAGAAUCUGGACAGGACAGAAUUGCACCAAUCAAUACAGCCACAGACGCGGAUAACGUUGCUGAAUCACCUGGUUCCGUAAGUCCCGUGUUCGUGCCUGGAGCGAGGAGAGCAGGAUCCCCGGAGCCUGAUGCACAACCUCCAUCGGAUGCACCCCCAGGAUAUGAGGAAACGCAGCAGCAGAGCAUCCAGGCAGAGUUGGACCGAAGAUUCUCGCAAUCCCAGGCAUAA